AUGGCGACACUACUGAGAAUCCAAGAGAUUUUGAACAGGAGAAAUAUUAAGCGAGAGCGAAUAUUCAGAGAUAGGACCCAAAUAUUGGACACGUUGACCGACACAGAACUGAUUGCCAGGUAUCGUUUCCCUCGACAUAACAUCCUUCAGCUGGUUGAUCGGGUCAGCUCGGCAAUCGCUCGACCGACCAAGCGUUCGUGUGCCCUACCCGCCCAUGUUCAGGUGUUAGCAACACUUAGAUAUUAUUCUAAAGGUGGAUUUCUCAGCGAACUAGGAGACAUACAUGGUAUUGCCAAGUCAAAUGUUAGUCGCGUGUUGGAAGACACUACGGAAGUAAUUGUCAACUCGCACGAUCUGAUCCGGUUUCCAUCGCCCGGCAAACAUGCAAAACUUGCGGAGGAUUUCUUCAACAUCUGUGGUUUUCCGAAAGUUGUUGGCUGCAUAGAUUGCACUCUAAUACCGAUUCAACAGCCACCAUUGGAUGAGGCAGUAUAUGUGUGCAGGAAAGGAUUCCAUGCCAUCAAUGUGCAAGCUGUGUGCGACGCUCAACUGCGAUUCACGAACAUCAUCGUCCAAUGGCCUGGAUCAACACAUGAUUCCCAUAUAUUUAAUAACUGCAAUUUGAAAUGCUGUCUCCAGGAAGGGAAAUAUGGCAUCUGGCUUCUUGGUGAUUCAGGGUAUGCAUGCAGACCCUACCUCCUGACUCCAGUCAGCAAUCCAGAAAAUGAAAAAGAGGAGAAAUAUAACCGCUGUCACACUGCUACAAGAAACUCAGUGGAGAGGGCAUUUGGAUUGUGCAAAUCUAGAUUCAGGUGUCUUCACAAAUCAACUGGAUGCCUGCUAUUUAGUCCCGAGAAGAGCAUCAAAAUUAUUACUGCCUGCAUGCAACUUCACAAUAUGGCAAUAUAACUGAGGUUGCCUGAGCCAGAUGUUCUGUGUGAGACUAGUGGACCAGACAUGGACAACACUCAUUCUGAUAACUACAACACCGAUGGAUAUAAAGUCAGGAGAAAUAUUAUCAACACAAGGUUUUAACACACAUAACCAGUAAGUGAUCCUUCUCUGCACAAUAGUUUUGGGAAUUGGUUAAAAUAUCAUAAUUGAUGUUUGAUCCAUUACAACCAAUCAAUCAUAGAAAAUAAUUGGUUAGCAUCAUUUCUCAAAUGUUCCUGUUAUAUUUGUUAAUGUACACAAAAAAAUAAGAAAAAACAUGUAGUUCUCUGGGGGUUUUAUGCAAACUGCGCAAGAUAUUUAAAGGAUGACUAGUAUGUUAGGAACAAUAAUUUCAUGGAGUCAAAACCAGCGUUGUGAAAGAUAUUGUUGAUGCAUACAAGUGUGCAAAAAUCGUUUGUGUUCGAUUAUGAUGAGAAAACAUGUCUAGUCACUGCGACCAAUCCUCGAUUAUUUCAAUUAAUGGGACCACCAUUACUCCACAAGCCAUGUAAUAUCCACAUGUCCUACCUGAAGUGGCAAGGUAGCAUGUUUUUCAAAAUCCUGAACCACUUUAUAGAAACGCUUGUGAA